AGUAGGCAAGCUCAGUACAUUUGAAGAGUGCAAGAUGAAAACAUUCGUCCUAAUCGGCGUUCUGCUGGCGGUGACCUCGGCCGUUCUUGGCGAUCCGCUGCAACGCGGAAACCGAAUCUACAACGGUCAAGCGGCUUCACCUGGUCAAUUUCCGUACGCAGUUGGAAUUGCCCCGAUCACGCCCAUCACUGCUCGUCAGGUCUGUGGAGGAUCGCUGGUUUCGGCAAACUUCGUCUUGACGGCAGGACGCUGCGUGCACAAUAUCGAACGAGUCAAUGUGGUUCUGGGAGCUCUGAGGAUCUUUGAAGAGACUGAGCCUACACGACUGCAAAUGGAAAGUAAUCAGUUUGUCAUCCAUUCCGGAUUCGAGCAGGAACCGGAAAUUUUCGAUGUUGCGUUGGUACGAUUGCCUCAGGCAGCUCCAAUUGGUGGCAACAUUGGAAUCAUUCGGCUUCCGAAUCGACGCCAAGUAGAGGCCACGUUCGUUGGUCAGCAGGGAACAGUUAUUGGGUGGGGAACCAGUGGAACCGGAACCACCUUUGCCGAUCAACUGCAAUUUGCUAGAUCCCAGGUCAUCUCGCAAUUGGCGUGCCGAUUAAGUCUACCCGCCACAACCAUUCUCGAUGAACACGUAUGCACUGAAGGAAGCAGUUCCCCAUGCGCCGGAGAUUACGGAGGUCCGCUCACGAUCACUGAUAUCGAUGGAAUCACUACCCAGAUUGGAGUAUUCUCCUUCAACUCAGUAGUCGGAUGCGCACAGGGACGUGCUGCUGUUUACACGAGGAUGUCUUCGUAUUUGAACUGGAUUGGACAAAAUUCGGACGUUGUCAUUCGGGAUGAUUUUUAAAUCUUUAAGAUCUAUCUCAGCAAAUGUUGGUGCCUGAUUAGUAAAUUAAUUAUAUUUAGAUAUUUCAACAGUACAAAAAUAAAUGCAAUUUUCUAAAC